CUUCUCCUGGGAUGGCUUGUCCACUUGUCUUCCUGUAGGAUUCGACACGUUAGCUGAGCAAUGUCACAGGAGAAGCAGCAAUCUUGGGAGCCACCAAAUGCUCCUAAGUGCUCCCCUACCCCAUGCCCAACCCCCUGCCCGGGUCCCUCCUCUGCUCCUUGUGGAGCUUCCUGUUCAGGAGUUUGUCCUUCCCGUUCCCAAAGGCCUGGAACUCAGAGCCCAGCCCGCUCUAGGAGGGCUCGCCGAAAGCCUCACUGCCUCAGUGGUGGCAGGACCUACCCCUGCAAAGAGGAGGAGUGCUGAGAGUUCAUCCUGCUCCAGAGAAGCUUGCAGUCCAGUAGAAGAAAUGGGCACUCCAGAUUGAAACGAGAGGAUUAA